CGAGAUCGAGAUCAUCUAUCUCGCAGUGAUAUCCCUCCAGCGCCUCCCUCUUUUCUCGCGAAACCCUAGCCUAACCCACCCCUGCGCCGACCCAUCAGACAUGGCCGUGGCUGGAUCUGACCAGGCUGCUGGCUGGAUGAUGCUGGACCGCUUCGUCUACCGCAGGGACGAGGACGGCGACAGCGGCUUCCCGGACGAAUCUACGGCGCCCCUCAGGGCCACCUCGUCAACCUCUCUCGGCAGGCCUUUCGAGGUCGCCAUCCUGCACGCCGAGCCCCCCGCCGUCUCCCGUCUCUACGUGCGGUGGCCCGGCGGCACCAAAGGAAAAUACGGCUCCAGCACCUGCACCGCGCUCAUGGCCGCGCACCGUGACCUCAUCCUCUUCCAGCUCGUCUCCAUGGCAGGUGAUAUCACGCAUGACCACUUCGUCUGCAUAGCAUGCUCGGAUCCUGCAGCUGGGCCGCACAUGGAGCUCAAACGGCUCCCCCUUUGCACCAUACCCAUGGUCUUACCUCCGUGCUGUGAGGAAGACACGGAGGGAACUUCUUCUUGUGAGGAAGACACGGAGGGAACUUCUUCUUGUGAGGAAGACACGGAGGGAACUCCAUGUUCCGAGGAAGACACGGAGGGAACCACUAUGCGGCGGGUGUUUUUCCCCAACACCGUAGGGCUCAUUCGCGGAUCAUCCCCUGGCCAUGAAGAAGAGUUUGCCGUCGCACAGCUGGCUAUGGUCACCCAGAUACGAGGCGCCUACCAGAUGGAAGCUGAAGUGUGCGUACUCCGCUCACGUGUGUCGGCUCCUGACGAUGCUGGCAUGUGGGAGGUUCAAAAGAUACCUAUUCAGCAUAAGACUUAUGAAUUCCCGGCCCUGGAUAAUUGGUUGACGGAUGCUGUCAUCACAUUCAACAAAUAUAUCUGCUGGAUUUCCUACUACACAGGAGGUAUUCUAUUCUAUGAUAUAUUUGCAGAAACACCCAACAUUUUUUAUCUACGGUUACCUACCGCUCACCGUCCUAGAAAAAUGCAAGAAAGAGGUUUCCUUGAGAUGAAACAUAGCCUCUGUGUCACCGGCGUUGGAGGUGAUCUUCUCAAAUACACUUCUGUUGUUCGCCAUGAUGAAAAACUCUGCGGCCCACUUGAACCUCGUACAGGUUAUACCAUCGUCACUGAUACUUUGAGCAUAACGGAGAGUGGUGAUGUAAACUGCUUCCACGAAAGGGUAAAGAUAGCUUUUGAAUUGUGGCGUUACAACACCUCUGAAUGUCUCCCGCGUGAAGGCCUGAUGUACCCUCUUGUGAGCAUGGACAACCCUAGUAGUGUGCACUAUUUGAUCUCUGAGGAAGGAGAUAAGAUUGACAAGGUUUCCAUGGUUACGUUGGAUAUGAUUACUCAGAAAGUCACUUCAAUUGUUCCAUAUAUUAAAGGAGAGGAAGACCUCUGUGGCCAAGAUGCUGACAUGGUUAAAGAAAAGUCACACCUUCUCACGUCCUUCCUUCCAUCCGAGUUCCCCAAGUUCUUGAAUCUCACAAGGGAUCGCUGAAGCAUCCAGAAUCUUGGGGAUUCUGUGCAAGUAGGUGUCAGUUCCAUCAUUGGAUUGCCAUGAUAUGUUCUGCUGUGGAGAAUAGAGUGGCGAGGUGUUAAUCCAUCUGAUGGUCACAUGGAUUUGUUGAGGAGAUGGUCCUGUGAGUUGCUGAAGUUUAGAUUUCGUGUGUGGUCUAUCUACUUGCUGUGUCAGUCUUGUUAGUUUCCAAACUUGUAUGGGACCCCAGUUUCGUUGGGCGCUAAGAGAUACGGGCUUCUGUAGUUUGAUCAACUUGAUAAUGGUGUUUUGAACUUUUAUUUCUAAGUAUCAAUAGUUCCCUGAGUUCUUGAAUGGCCAUCUCAGUUAUUAUGACAGUGA